GAUGUACAUAAAUUCUUUUCUAAAGGAAUCAAAUAUAAACUUGUCCAAUGCCAAUAUCUCCAAGAUAAAAAGAAGCUUGAACAUAAACGGUUAUAUCCCAACUAUGAAUAUCGUCCAAAUAAGAAUAAGCCACGCAGACAUUCACAAAGAUUAAAAGACUUUCCCAAUAAUAAAAGUAAUUUAACCAAUGAAAACAUUACUCUAAUAGCCGAAUCUGCUUUGUCGAAUUUAAAAAUAUCUUCAUCACCACUUCCCCAACCAGUUUCCUCAAAUUGCUCAAAUAAUGCAUCUGAUGCAUCAUACGAUUCUCAACAUCCAUCAUUUAUUCAAACAGAUUUCUUUAAUUCAUCUAUCUCCAUGACUAUUGAUCAAAUUAUUUCUACUGACAUUACUCCUGAGUUUUUUAUUGAUGAAUUUGUCUAG